CGCGAACGCAAAACAGAGCCUCAAGAAGAAAAUACAUCAUCAUCUCGCACGACGUCAGGGCAGUCCGGGAGGGAGAACGCGAAAAAGAGUUGUGAAUUUCCUGUAAAUUACCACCAUUACAUCAAUAAUGGCAGCAGCAGAAAACAAAAUGACACUUCCAAAUCAGGACGCCCUUCUUCAGUCUCAGCAAACUCCACCUGCUGUGCCAAAUUCUGCCUCAGCCUCAAAACAACCUGCAACUUCAGAUUUCUACCGGACACUCAACAUUCCAGAUAGGUUUGAACAUCCAGAAUGCUUUGAGGGCUACAACUCUAAACCUCAGCACCCUAUGUACAUAACAUCAAACAAUGUAUAUGGUAAAAAAGCACCAACGGUUCACACAAUGCCCAACAGUUUUCAUGCAAAGUCUCAAAAGUUUUCACAGCAUUUAGGUAACUGCGGAAUGUAUAGGAAUCAUGGGUUGAAUACAUCAACUGACAAAUCCAAAGUAUGAUAUGACGGCCUCUAUUGGUGAAUCGUCUUCAAUUUUUUAGUGGCAACAAGUUCAAGAAAGUGGUAAUUGAGUAAACCUAAUUGCCCUUAUUUGAACUUAUUUAAAAUAAAACAUCUUUCUUUGAGGUUGAGUGUCAAAAUAAAGGUUUCUAAGAAAAAAAAAAAACUUGAACUAUGAAGAGAUUUUCAUUGAAAUAGUAAUUAAUAGAUACAGACAAAAACAAUUGUGUAAUAAGAUAUUGGAAAACCUAGGAAAAGUCUUGAAGAACAGCAAAUUUAAAAUCUUUCCCUAUCUUUGCAAAUGAUAGAUUUAGUAUUGAAUUAUUGUAUUAGCAUUAUCUCAUAGGUAAUUUGUAUACAGUAUAUCUAAAUAUAUGUAGAAAAAAUACUAUUAUUAUUGUAUUUAGUUGGAUAGCAAGUUUAUAAUUUGUUACCGUAUGCAACAAUAUGUAUUUUAAAGUCUUCUAAAUAUUGUGUACAUAUAAACACUUAAUAUUUAUUAUAAGCAAAGGGUUUUUUUUUUAUCUCAUCCCCAAGAAGCAGACAAAUGUUGAAUUCUACUAAUACAAAUUUACCAUUUAGAUGAAGUAGUUUAUUAAUCCAGUUUUCCCCUUUUUUAAGUAAAUUCAGUUGAUGUGGCUUUGAGAAGUUGGCUUGUAAGCCUGCAUGCAAGUUGUAUAUAAAAUGUGUUAUGAUAUUCUACAAGUAAAUAAUGUAAAACCAGUGAAGGCUGAAAACACUGUAAACUUCAACACAAGAGAGCUUUCGUUUGUGUGACAAAUGCAAGAUCUAAAGCCAGACACACACUGCGCCCGACGAUUGUCGGUAUUAUAUAGAGAACGCAAUUUUAAUGACGAUCCCUUCAGACCGUCAUCGACAAUCAGCAAAUGGCAUUGUCGUCAAAUGCUCACGUUGCACAACGUAGUGAGUGCUUGGCUUAAGACGUAAUGACAUCGCAGAAUCUAACAUGACCUGUGUAGAACCUACCUACUGCAGGAAAGUCACGAACAAGUGAAGCGGUCAUAGGGACCCUAUUGUCAUAUUGAAUUUAUCUUAUUUCAUAAUAGCGUACAGUAUUCAAGUAUAAUGUACAAUAUUGUAUUGACUGCGGUAUAAGCCCACUUUCUGAUUAAGCCCACACUGAUGCCGAGUGUGGUAUUUUAUUAGUUUGUCUUCACAAACCACCCUCAAAAUAGGAAUACGUAAAGAAGCUUUUUUUCUGGGGAUGCAAGAAUAUCAAGACAUCCACACCUUGCAUGUAACUGUGCUUGAGGUAAUUGUAAAUCCUGACCAUUGUAUGUCUGUGCUCUGCCUGCUUGCCCAACACGCCAGUUAAAGGAGAUUGAUGAAAAGAAUCCAUCCUCAUGUGGUAUUCUCGUGGAAUAUGGAUUCACCGAGCAGCAUUGUGUUUUGCCUCACCUCCUAUUUCCUUGAUUUUAAAUUCAUAGAGGAAGGAUGGGCUUAUACCAGAGACUAUAAGUUCAACUGGAAUAAAACAUUACUUAAUGCUUUACAUUUGAAUAUUUUUUUAAAUGGCAAUAAAAAAAAUGAGUCGAAAAGUUGAAA